AUGAUUUCCUCCACAAACCUAACAUACAUAUUUGGAGAAUGGAUAGGCAUGAUGCAUUCUGAGAAAUACUUACUUUUGGGGAUCAAGUGGUCUCUGUUGGCAUUAAUAGUUGUUCCUAUCUGGAUUUUUUGUUAUGUCUAUCUAUCUGUUUUUGUCGUCCUGAUUUAUGAUAAAAUUCCUGUGAUGAAGGAACAUUUCUCCAAUGGAUGUGUUUUAACGUUAGCAUAUCUGUGGGAUAUCUUUGGAAGAAUAUGGCAUGGUUAUGAACUGCAUGGCAUUGAAAACCUACCAGAAGGAUCUGGGCUUAUUAUUUACUACCAUGGAGCUAUUCCUUUGGACUAUAUUUUCUUCAUAGCAAGGUUAUAUCUUGUGCAAAAGAGGCUUUGCCAUUCUGUGGUUGAUCGAUUUGCCAAAAAAUUCCCAGGUUAUCAAAUCCUUUUUGAGAAAUUGUCUAUGAUAACUGGUACAAAGGAAGCUUGUCUUUCUGUUCUCAAAUGUAAUUUGUUGGGUGUUUCACCAGGAGGAACGCGAGAAGCCCUCUUUAGUGAUGAAAAUUAUAAAAUGAUAUGGGCUAAACGUAUAGGUUUUGCUCAGCUUGCCAUAGAUGCAAAAGUGCCCAUAAUUCCCAUGUUCACACAGAAUAAUCGUGAGGGAUAUAGGACGCUUGGAAAAAUAGGGGCACUGAAAGAAAUGUAUGAAAAUCUUCGAAUACCAGUGGUUCCUAUAUAUGGUGGAUUUCCUGUCAAAUGGACAACAUAUAUAGGAGAGCCCAUUCCACAUGAUCCAAAUAUAACUGCUGAAGAGCUGGCCAAAAAGGCAAAGCUUGCUUUACAGGCUUUAAUAGACAAACACCAGACACGACCAGGAAGCAUUGGGAGAGCACUGUUGGAACGAUUUCAUCACUAUAGGAAGAAUGACUAAUUAUACUUAAUGUACUAUAUAAUAUAAUGUGUCGUCUUAUUCCAUGUCAUGUUCUUAUUUCUGGUAUGUUAUUUUAACAAUGCUGCUUUGGAUAAUCAGCUUAAACGGAAUCUUUAAAAAAUUGUAAC